UGCCCACCUCCAAUCGUAUACAUAGAUCCCAUACUCGCUAUAACUGCAAAACACCUGCAAAGAUUUUAUUAGAAUUUUACUAAAUCAAAUAGACAAAACGAUUUGUUUUAUUAGUCCUGACAGGUUUCAUAAAAAAUUCAUUUCUUUUUCUCAAAUUUAAAAAUCAAAAUCCUAAAUUCUUAAAGGCCAAUCACUUUUCAUGACAACCCAAAGAACUUAAGCAAAGAAGUGGUGUUCGUGGCAAGAGCAAGAAGUCGAGUUUGUUUGCUUGCAAAAUAUCUCGAAUAAAACGCUGCUCUCUGCAAAAAUUACGGCAGUAUAAAAAAGCCCACAAUGGCGAAGUAUUCUUGCCACGACACCCCCUUUCUAUGUGAGUAUUGUCAGGCGCGCGGUUUAAGCCCAAUAAGAGUAGAAAACUCAAAACUAGAACUGUUGCGUGUCAAAGAACGUAAAGUCCUACGUAUAAAAUCCGAACUUCGCCCUUGUAAUCACCCAAAUAACAACAGCAAACACAAUUUUGAUCAAAAGGCAACUCAAACGCACAACAGGCUUAAGAGACCGAAAAUCACAGCAAAUAUCACACAUUUUCCGAAUGGGAAGUAUGAAAAGGAGAUAAAGAAGCAAGAAACAGAACAAGAACCAUCUACCUUAAAAGCGUAUUCAUUUAGAGAACGUACGGAACGAAAACAGCGCUAUUUGCCAGAACAGGCGACUACGAGUAACAGAAAUGAAAGAAAUUCACCCAAAUUAUGGAGGCCUCUAAAGCGCACAGUUUCGAAAAUUACUAAAGAGAGCGGCACAGACGAUACAAGUAAUACAAGAAACCUCCAAACGAGAGAGUCUAGUAAAAAGCGAAAAAUAGCAAACCUUCCGGAACAAUACCCUGACGAAACACAUUUAGAUAAAAGAUCAGAGAGAGUUUAUGUCGUUAAUCAGUAUGAAACCAAUAAUUCGACAACAGAAGAAACCACAAGCUCCUCAGAAUACUCUCAAGAGCUAACGAUAUCUGUAAUAAAUGGAAAGAAUGAAGACAGUGAGUUAGAACGCUGGUAUAAAUAUAGAAAGCCUGAAUCCAAAUCAAAAGAAAUAGGCACUAAACCUUCACGGAUACCAGUGAGAAAACGUAGGCAAACAAGAAGAACGUCGGCAACAACAACCUCAAGCAGUCGUCAAGAUAUAGAAACUAUUAAACCAUUUAAAGAAAGUGCUUCAGAAUACAAAUUGUUAAGAGUUUCCCAAAUAAGUCAUUCAACAAGCACAAGUCCAAGUGGUAUAGAAGAAAAGCAUUCAGAACACGGUUCGGUUCAAGAAAUUGAACAUUCGAAAGAUAGUGAAAAAGCAUCACAGACAGACAUUAAAGAAUACAUUUCAAAAACGAAAACUCCACCCCCGAUAAAGCCGAAACCAAAACCUAACAAAAUGAAAAUUGAAGGAAAUAAAGAGGACCAUGAGAAAUGCACUAAUUAUCCCCCGGGGCUAGAACUUCCCGAAAACAUCAUAACUAAAACCUCGGAUUUCGAACGAAAGCAUAGUACUAAAAAAUCUAUACGUCAGUCGACAUUAGAACAAUCUCUGAGUACAAGAUCAAUAAUAAUUAUAUCAAAUCAAGAGAGUGACAUUCAUUCGCCGAAACCAGAGCACAGUAUAGGAAGCAUGAAUUCCACUUCAUAUAUAUUACAGAGAAAAUGUGAACUGUUUGAAUCAAGUAUCAAAAUUAGUGUACCGAAUUCUUCACAAGAAACUGCGGCAACACAAUUAUUCGAAGCACAAGGGCCGGUUAAAGACACUCAAAUAACCACCAAAUAUUCUGACUGCCCUUGCGAAAGUUCUUCUCAAAAAUCAGAAUCUCUGCAGAAAUAUGGCAUUACCAGAACUUCUGAUAGCAUUCAGGAGCUCGUCAAUGACGAAACUUUGAAUGAAUGCUCUUAUAUUCCCAUAAUAAAAAGCGAUUCAUUUGAACCAAUUCAGCAAGACUGCAGCAUUGAUAUGGAUCAAGAACGCUCGCCAGAAGUCGCUGAAAAUGUGAUAGAUCGAGUUAACGGUCAUGGCACAAGUAUUGAGAGUAAUUUAUUCGAAGAUUUGAAAGGUUAUGAACGAUUCAGAAACUAUACCUCGAUACCAAAACUUCGUCAUCGGUCAAAUGUACCAGUAAUAGAAAACUCAGAUGACCAUCCUUUACCCUUAAAAAGACACGAUGAACUAGAGAAACAAGUGUUAAUUGAAAAUAGUCAACAGCAAUUAAGUAAGGUGUUACAAAGCGACAGUAAUGAACCACAAGAUUCUUUAUCAAAGAUAUUCGAGCAAGCCAAAAAAAAAUAUAAGGACAGAAAAUUGUUGGAAGAAACAGAACUAUUUGAACAGAAAAUGCAAAGUUUUCGCCUAUAUGAAUAUAUACCCGAUCUGGAUGAAAAAAAUUACCAAUGUGAAGAAAAUGGAAGUGGAAGAUCUUAUAGAAAGAGACCUUCUACAUCUCAAAGUUUGAAGUCAAUUGAAGGUCAUCAAAGGUGCCGAAGUCCGGAGCUGAGUACUAAUAUUGAAAGUACCAACAAUGAACAAUUGCAAAAUUUAGCACACAAAAGGCAAGAACAUCAUCAAGAAAGCACUGACUAUGAAGCAAUAAAGAGUGCUCGAGAUGUAGCGAGAGCCACAGAGUUAAAUGAAUAUAGACAAGGCAGUGAUUUAGACAAUCGACUUUUGAAGCCAUUUAAGUAUCCGACAAGCAUAUAUGAAAGACAAUCUAAAUAUCAGCCAAUGACCGAACCGUCGACCACGCGAACAAAGUCGCUACGAUCUAAGGAAACACAAACUUUACCGGAAGUGGAACAUGCUCGCUGGGAAAAUUUGAAAACAACAACACGUAACAGAGCAACACAAAAACAAAAGUCAAUAAAUAGUGUAUCGGAAGAAAGCGAGCGAUCACUAGAGAACAUAUCUGAAAAACAAAGGAGUUUGGCUGAAAAACAAGAUCCAUUAAGUGAUCCAACUGGUAAGAAUAAAACGAUUGUAGAAGCGGCAACAGAGAAUUUGUUAACAAACGACAAUCAACCGUUCGAUCUGGUAAGCCCCAAAUCAUCACAAGAUCACACAGAAUCUAGAAAAGAUCUAGCUUUAAGACUGGAAGAUGCGGGCAUAAGUUUGGGUUCGCGAAACCGGAGAGAAAGUGUUACUUCAGAAAGCAUUAAUUUGGGAAACAACGUUACAAAGAAGGAGAGACCAAGUCUAUAUUGCAGGGAUCCACCAAAUAAGCUAACCAAAAGCAAAGAAAAGUAUAAAAAUCAAAAAGAAAACAAGAUGCUUGAAAACAAAAAGCAAACCGAUUGUGACUGUGUCCUGGAAAAGGCAGUUGAGGAGAGCACAUUACUGAAUAAUGAAAUGCGUGCAAAAGAGAUGAAGGAAAGCAUUGAAAAAGACACCUUGCUAAGAAGAAACAAAAAGAGUCCGUCUUCACGUACGACUAAUGAAAAACAGAUCGGCAGCAGAAAAUUUGAUUCGAAGGAAACAGGAAAAGAAGUUAAAAAAUAAAACAGAGAACAGUUGCGACGAAUGAUGAAAAGGUUUGCGUCCAAUGAAAUACACGGACAAUUGAAAAAUGGUUUGAGCGAAGAAAAUAAAGAGAGGUAGCAGGAAUAAAUUAUAAUAAGGAGAGCUAUGAACGUUGAAAGAGCAAGCGGGCAAAAUUGUAUGCAAUAACAGUUAUCAGAACCAAUAAAAUGAAAACAUAAACAGCUGACUACGAGCGUUCAUAUUCCUAUAAAGAAACUACUGAUAUAUUUAGUCGCUUGAAACUCAAGUACACAACACACAGACAUACAUUCGUUUGACUGUUCCCUCAAAUUUCUUUUGUAGACAUUUCGAACUAAUUUUUUAUUU